GCCAGACAAGACUGGCAAAGGAGGCAGCGAGCGAGUGAGCGCAUUGACACCAGCGCAGUUGUGACAACACCUCCAACCGCAGAGUGAGCGGGACGAGCCUUCACGUCACGCGUGUUGAGUUGAACUUCCCGCCUGUGUGAGGAUCGACCAGUGACCACCACCACCACCACCACCCUGGGCGAUGGCGGCGGCUGGGUUUGAAGAAGCCGUGUAUGUGGUGUUUGGGUGCGUGGCUGUGGGCACCAUUGCGGCGUUUGUGUACACGAGCACGUUCCACAAGCUGUCCAAGAAUGCCGACUUUGUCACCUUCCAGUACAAGUACCUUGGCAUCUACCUUGUGGCCAUGAUGGCAGAUUGGCUCCAAGGACCUUACUUGUACAGGCUCUACGAGCACUACGGCUUCCUCGAGGAGCAAAUUGCUGCGCUGUACAUCAGCGGGUUUGUCAGCUCCAUGCUGUUUGGGCCCUUGCUGGGAAAUCUGGCAGACCGGUAUGGCCGGCGCCGGCUGUGCAUCACAUUCUGCUACCUCUACUCGCUCAGCUGCCUGAUGAAGCUGUCUAGCAGCUUCUUCCUCCUCAUGCUGGGCCGGAUCCUGGGCGGCCUCUCCACCUCCCUCCUCACCUCCGCGUUUGAGAGCUGGAUGAUCUACCAACACAACAAGAAGGGUUUUCCCGAGGAGUGGGUGUCGAGAACCUUUGCCAUUGCCACCUUUGGCAACGGCGUUGUUGCUGUUCUGUCGGGCGUUCUCGCCAACUUUGUCGCUGAACUCCACGGCCACCACCCGUUGCGGCCUUUCUUGCUGUCUGUAUGCUUCCUGGUGCUGUGUGCAUAUCUGAUCAUGACAUUGUGGGAGGAAGACGAACCCGAGCUACUGCUCCGAAAAAACGCCCCCUGUGGUGCAAGCGUGCGCACCAUCUUCUCCUCGCGCAAGAUCCUGCUGCUUGGCGCUGUGCAGGCGACGUUUGAGGCCGCCAUGUACAUGUUCGUGUUCAUGUGGACGCCUGUCCUCGAUCCGCGCGAUGUGGACGUCCAUCCGCCGCUCGGCGUCAUCUUCGGCACAUUCAUGCUCGCCAUCAUGGCCGGCAGCUGUGCCUUCCGUUUCUCCAUUUCCAAGUCUGUGCCUGUGAUGCAGACGGUUGGCUAUGCGUUCGCCACGGCAGCGGUCUGUCUCUUUGGCGCCGCCGCUGUUGAGAGCCGCAGCGCUGCCCUUGUCUUCUUCAUUGUCUUCGAGGCCUGCUGCGGUGUUGUCUUCCCAGGGCUCGGCACGCUGCGCAGCGAGCUGCUGCCGGAAACGGAGCGCGCGAGCAUCAUCAACAUCUUCCGCGUGCCCCUCAACUUCAUGGUCGUGGUCUUCCUCACCAUGGUUGGUCGGCUCACCUUCUCCCACCUCUUUGCCCUGACCGGCGCGCUGUGCACGCUGGCGUUUGCUGCACACGUGUCACUGCAGCGUGUGAUUGCUCGCGAGCUGUAUGACGCCGCACAGCAGACGGCCGCAUAGCAUUGGAGGUGGUGUGUGUACUUGAGCCGGGGGGGGGGUAUGGUUUGCUUGGUGUUGGCUUGCUUGGGUGAUGCUGGUUGAUGCUGGUGGAAAUGGUUUGCUCUGUGAGUUGGUAAUGGUUAAAUGACUGAAUGCGUGCACGGUGGGUUGGUGGAUCUGAACAAGGAAGGGGCACCACAGGCUUAAAGUGGUGCUUGAUAAGGCUAUGACAUUGCGAUAAACGACCGAGAAC